AUGUUCUAUGCCUCCUAUUUUAACGAGCCUGCAGUUUUACAAGAGAUUGAAGGCCGUUUGGUGUACUAUAUUAAGCUGCUUUCAAAGUGGAAUCGUGCCUAUAGCUUAACCAGCAUUACUGAUCCACUAGAAAUGGUGCGUCAUCAUUUGUUUGAAACUUUAACUUUGGUGCCAACCAUGCAUGAGUUGGUUGCCCGUCAAGCUAAAGGGAUGUGUGCCGAUCUCGGCUCGGGCAUGGGGGUGCCAGGUAUUCCGCUCGCCAUUAUGUAUCCACAAUGGCACUUUGAUUUGAUCGAUAGCGUACAACGCAAAGCGAUAUUUUUAAACCAAGUUAAAAUUGAGUUGGCUUUAAAUAACGUCCGGAUCAUUUCGCAACGGAUUGAAACAUUGAUUCCUAAAGAGCCCUACGAUGGCUUUGUGGCACGUGCAUUUGCACCUUUAGCAAAAAUGGCGCAGCUUAUUGACCCUAUAGCGCAACCGAACACAUUUUUGUUGGCCAUGAAAAGCAAAAACUGGCAACAUGAGUUAUCAGAAUUGAAUGAACAAGUUCCAGCAUGGUCAUUGGUCGAACAAAAAAUGACGCCCGUUUCCGGAAUUCAUGCGGAUCGGCAGCUUUUAUUGUUGGUAAAGGCUGAUAUGACAACACAUAUAUUUGCAGUCGCUAACCAAAAAGGUGGGGUUGGAAAAACGACCACCGCCAUUAACUUGGCAGCGGGUUUGGUAAAAAUGGGACAACGGGUGUUAUUGAUUGAUUCCGAUCCGCAGGGUAAUGCUACCAUGGGCAGUGGUAUCGAAAAAGCCAGCUUAAAAUUAAGCCUGUAUCAGGUCAUCUUAGGUUUGGUUCCCAUUAGUGAGGUCAUUGUCAAAUCCCCCACCGGUGGAUACGAUAUUUUGCCGUGUAAUCGGGAAUUGGCGGCGGCGGAAACCGAGCUGGUCGAAGAGCAGGGGAGAGAAGGUUUUUUACGCAAAGCGAUCGAACCGGUGAAAGAUCAUUAUGAUUUUAUUCUGAUCGAUUGUGCGCCUGCAUUAUCAUUGUUGCCCAUUAAUGGUUUGUCAUGUGCCAAUGGGGUGAUAGUGCCGAUGCAAUGUGAAUAUUUUGCCUUAGAAGGUUUAUCGGAUUUAAUCAAUACGAUAAAACAAGUCCGAACCCAUUUUAACCAUCACCUAAAAAUUGUCGGUUUGUUGCGUGUGAUGUUUGAUACCCGCACUACCUUACAACAACAAGUAUCCGAACAGCUCGAAGCCCAUUUUGGGGACAAAGUUUUCCAAACGGUUAUUCCGCGUAAUGUCCGCUUAGCGGAAUCCCCUUCGCACGGCAUGCCUUGUAUUAAUUAUGAUGCAGCCAGUAAAGGCUCACAAGCGUAUUUAGCUUUUGCACAAGAGAUGAUUCUACGAAUUAAAGGGCCAGACUAUUUGGCCGAAAAAGAAUAG